CGUUCCACUGAAACUCCACCAAUUCAAGAACUGAACUUCCAAUCAAGAAUCGCAAUGGUGCUGCGUGUCACCAUCUCCGACGCUCCCCAUCUGAAAGAAGCCAUCCAAGCAGUCCCGAUGCCGGAAUCCAAGAACAUCGUGGUGAUCUGGUGCCCGGAAUACUUCGCCGUCCUGUCGGCCCUUCAGCACCCCCCUCGCCCCGCCGGGGAAAACCCCACCACCCUCCUCAAGCUCCUCCCUCAGAGCUUCCUCACCUACGAAUGCACCGACCACCUCUUCAAUGCCAUCGUCAGAAUCGACGAUCUUGAACACGUCUUCUCCUCCGCCAGGAAUCUGGACGCCGUCGUCUUCUCGCAGUCUCGCGAGGUCUGCAAUGGACUCAACGAUUUGGGGUUCUUGCUCGCCCAAUUCCAGAGGCCUCUCGUGCAAGACAGUGUGGGAGGAGAUCAGCCCAGUAGCGACGUAGUCAGCAGCGGCAGGAUGGCAAUGCAAAUCUAUGGAAAGUUCACAGAGGGCGAAGUGAAGCUUGCAGGCGCAUGUCAUGAUCCAUCUCAGAAUCCCCUGCCUCCCGUCGCCACCUUCCUCCCCCCUGCUUUCGGCCGCGUCAUGUCUGCUCUGAAAGCCAAAGGAAUGCCGGCGGUUGCGAUAGCGGUGCACAAGAAGGAGGCGUUCUUCUCGGCGGCGGAGGGAGAAGUGCGGUUUGAACUGUCGCUGACGGCGGAGAACGGGCUGAAAUGGACAAGGGGGGACGUGGGGAGAAGCCCGGUCCGGUUCGAGUUUCCGAUGGCGAACCUGGACGUGGAACCCGGCUCGAAGCUGUCGGCGGAGGUUUCACUGUACAAGCGGUCGGAGAAAGUGAGGCUGAUCUGGUUCAAGCUCGACACAGACGUCACUUCUCUCAGUGGUGACAUCAUCCACUACUUCCACUGAAUUUGAAUUGAUUCCUCUCUACAUACAUACAUU